GAGUUCGUGUAUGGAUCUGCAGCCUGCUUGUUCGAGUCUUUAGCUCCGUGUGCGGCGAUCAAGACGUUCCAUUGGCGGAUGAUCCUCGGAGCUCUUCGGAGCAAGCGGUUUUCAAACGCUGGUCAGCGAUGUGCCGCAGAGCAAGGAUGGCUUGGGGACGUCAUAUCCGAGCCGCUAACCGAGGUAGAGGACUCCGCAACUGAGAUCAGUACUCGCGUCGGGGGCGAUCUCUUGGAAGAUGAGCGUGAGGACAGUGCUUCCGUGGAGAGCGAGAUCCAUUGUGACUCCUGCGACGAGGCUGUUCUUUGUGAGUCCAGGCUUCGGGGUUUCGAGGAUCUGGGUUCGGUCUUGCGCUUCAUGUACUUGCCUUGGAAGGUGAACCUCGGCAGAGCAGCCUCGCGGCUGGAUUCCCAGAUUCCGGACUGCCGGUUCUGGAGCGGCUCUCGCCGCAUCUUUACUUUCUGA